AUGGCAACCACAGCACCUCCCCCCCGUCUCUCCUCUCCCCUCCCCCUCUCACCUUCGUCCCUGCUGAUAGUGACCACAGAACCUUCCUCUCUCCUCCCCUCUCUCCCCUUCCCUCCCCCUCUGACCUUCCUCCCUGCUGAUAGUGACCACAGCACCUCCCUCCCCUCUCUCCCCUCCCCUCCCCCUCUCACCUUCCUCCCUGCUGAUAGUGACCACAGCACCUCCCUCUCUCCUCUCCCCUCCCCCUCUCACCCUCCUCCCUGCUGA